UUGUACAUUAUUAAAAAACUGGUAGAUAUUCUUUUAAAUUUGCUUGAAUUUUUUUUCCAAUCUUCUGUCUAGCAUAUGUGUUACAACCACCUGACCCUCAAAACCUUGUGCAGUAUAAUAACACUAGAAGCACUGGGUGCAUUAAUAUUAUUCAUCCAGAAGACCACAUCAUCAAUAAAUUGCUGUGUUUUUGAGGGACACCUUCUCUCCCACCAGCCUGCAACAUACUGAGCAUACCUAAAGGGUCAAUGAUACUGCUUCAGUAAUGCAAGUAGAACUCUUUAUAAUCAAACACACACACAUAUGAACCAAAAGGGUUCUUUGGGUUUGAGAAAAGUUUGCAGCUCUGUUCUCUGACCGAUGAGGGAUUUGGGCUGAAUUGAAUUAGCACAUUUUAUUCCACUAAUUUAAAUGGUGGAGAUUAAAAGAAGGUACCAAAGCAAGAAGAGCCUCAGGAAUCAUGCAGCUUAAAAUAAAGAAAUGCACUUGAAAGUACUUCACUUUUAUCAUGUAUGUAUUUGAAUGAAGUUCAAAAACUUUACAUAAAGCAAAUAAAUGUAAUUGAUGUUUCUGAGUUAAUAUGAGUUAGAACAAAGGGCAGGUAAUCUUCAUUUUAUAUUGGCCAAGUAGAAAAAUGAGACAUGGAGACGAUUUUUUGUUCAUGCUGGGAAUAGAAAAGAACCUUUACAUGACAAUCCAGUAAUUUACCUAAACUAAUGAAACAAUCUAUACAACACACACAGACACGCAGACGCAGACACACACACACACACACACACACACACGCACGCACGCACACACACACGACUACUCCUUCUUUUACCAUUUGUUAUGGUCUAAAAACAUUAUUAUUAAAUUUUAAGAGUAUAUAGCUCACUACUAUUUUUCUAAGUGUCCUACUGCUCAUCAUUAGCUUUUAUUGAAUUGAUAAUUCAUGUGCUUGACUGGCACACAUUUACCACAGAAGACCCUGCCUUGAACUUUUCAUUUUUACCCAAUAGAUUCUUUUGGUCCAGUGUCAUGGCUGCAAAGUGGAAUUCUACUCUCGAGUUUCAUAGGAAAUUGUCCAACUGUACAAUGAAAGAUUAUGCAAAUCCUCAAGGAGCAUCUAAUCAAUCACCUCGGUGUGAGAGGAAUGCAGCUGAUCGCUGAAUUAGCUUCUGUUGGAACGUAUUCAUGUGUAACAUCCCACUGACCGCGUGACAGCACAACAGCUCCAGGUCCUUGAAAGUCUUGAGGAUGAUUAGCUGAAGGAAUUGGCGGUUUCUGCCAAUCAUAAUCCGGCAGGGCUGCCUUUAUAGUUCUGGAGAUGCGAGAGAAAGAGGGAGGGAGGGAAAGACCGACUACAGCUAAGCAAGAAGCACAGCAGCAGUAGCAACAGCGGAGCAGGAGCAGCUGGUAUUCCGGUGAUUAAAUAGUUCUCAUAGCCUUUUUGCUGUACUCGGUCCCGCUCCCUGGUGUAAUUCUCGUGUCCAAGGAGGAAGCUGCAUUUUAACGGUGUGCUGAACAGAGGUUUGAAUCAUUCCAGCUGGCUGCUUGUUUUGAAAAGGACAGUGUGUGUAUAAAUAAAAAGACACUCUGCUGGAAGAGUUCAGAUACUAGGAUUGGAACUAAAAAAGCGCUCUUGGAAUAUUGUUGAGGCAGAUUAUAUGAACUGAAAGCUCCUUCUAAUUAACCUGGAGCCAAGUGAAUCUGAAUGCUGGAUAUCUCACUUUCUAACUCGGGAUAAAUUCAAGUUAGGAUAAGAAAAAAAUUGAAAUGCUUCUCUAGAUAAUGUUUAAAGGAUUCUGCAUCAGUCUUUGGUAUUGGACAUACUCAAAAUCCCUUCUUCAACUUUUGCUCUCCUGGUCCAUUGUCUUCCAGCUUUAACUUACUUGUGAUCCCUUCAAACAUUUUACAUGGUUUGCAAUGGUUACAUGAACUUUUGGGAAGUGAUAAUUGCACCAUCUCAUACUUUAUUCACUAUGGCACUUUAGAAAAAGAAAUUGGAAAAAACUUACAAAGCAGUAUUUUAAAAAAUGAAUCUUAUUGUGAAGCUUCGGAGAAGUUUUCGAACAUUGAUUGUUCUUUUAGCUACCUUUUGUUUGGUGAGCAUUGUCAUUUCUGCCUAUUUCCUCUACUCUGGCUAUAAACAGGAAAUGACUGUUAUUGAAACCACUGCAGAAGCAGAAUGUGCUGACAUCAAAAUUCUACCAUAUCGGUCAAUGGAGCUGAAAACAGUUAAACCUAUUGAUACAUCCAAAACUGAUCCUACUGUCCUCCUAUUUGUGGAGAGCCAAUAUUCUCAACUUGGUCAAGAUAUCAUAGCUAUCUUGGAGUCUAGCCGAUUUCAGUACCAAAUGGUCAUUGCCCCUGGCAAGGGGGAUAUACCUCCUCUUACAGAUAAUGGCAAAGGGAAAUAUAUUUUAGUUAUUUAUGAAAAUAUUCUGAAGUAUGUCAGCAUGGACUCAUGGAAUCGAGAGCUUUUAGAAAAAUACUGUGUGGAAUACAGUGUUAGUAUAAUUGGUUUUCAUAAAGCCAAUGAGAACAGCUUACCAAGUACACAAUUAAAAGGCUUUCCAUUAAACCUUUUCAAUAAUCUAGCUCUAAAGGACUGUUUUGUCAACCCUCAGUCUCCUUUGCUGCAUAUUACCAAAGCCCCCAAGGUUGAGAAAGGCCCUCUUCCUGGGGAAGACUGGAGUAUUUUCCAAUAUAAUCAUUCAACCUACCAGCCUGUGCUUUUAACUGAAUUACAGACAGAAAAAUUCCUUUCAUCCUCAUCCAGCAAACCACUCUAUGCGACAGUGAUUCAGGAUCUGGGGCUUCAUGAUGGAAUUCAGCGCGUUCUUUUUGGCAACAACUUAAACUUUUGGCUACACAAGCUCAUCUUCAUAGAUGCCAUCUCCUUCUUGUCAGGGAAGAGGCUGACACUGUCCUUGGACAGGUACAUCCUUGUGGACAUUGAUGAUAUCUUUGUUGGGAAAGAGGGAACAAGGAUGAAUGUCAAAGAUGUAAAGGCAUUACUAGAGACUCAAAAUUUACUGCGCACUCAGGUUGCAAAUUUUACCUUCAACCUUGGAUUUUCAGGGAAGUUUUACCACACAGGGACUGAAGAGGAAGAUGAAGGCGAUGACCUUUUGCUUCGGUCUGUAGAUGAGUUCUGGUGGUUUCCUCACAUGUGGAGCCAUAUGCAACCUCAUCUCUUCCAUAAUGAGUCAUCUUUAGUUGAACAGAUGAUUCUCAACAAGGAAUUUGCCCUGGAACAUGGAAUCCCUAUCAACAUGGGCUACGCGGUGGCACCACAUCACUCAGGGGUCUACCCGGUUCAUAUUCAGUUAUAUGAAGCUUGGAAGAAGGUCUGGGGUAUUCAGGUCACCAGCACUGAAGAAUAUCCACAUUUGAAACCUGCACGGUACCGAAAGGGCUUCAUUCACAAUAACAUCAUGGUCCUCCCUCGACAGACCUGUGGGUUGUUCACCCACACUAUUUUCUACAAAGAAUAUCCAGGAGGACCCCAAGAAUUGGAUAAAAGUAUCAGAGGAGGUGAACUUUUCCUCACAAUCCUUCUAAACCCGAUCAGCAUUUUCAUGACCCAUUUGUCGAAUUAUGGGAAUGACCGCCUGGGGUUAUAUACCUUUGUGAACUUGGCCAACUUCGUGCAGAGCUGGACCACCCUGAAACUGCAAACUCUGCCCCCAGUGCAACUCGCACACAAGUACUUUGAGCUCUUCCCUGAGCAAAAAGACCCUCUCUGGCAGAAUCCCUGUGAUGAUAAACGGCACAAAGACAUUUGGUCCAGAGAGAAAACUUGUGACCACUUGCCAAAAUUCCUUGUCAUCGGGCCACAAAAAACAGGAACAACUGCACUUUACUUAUUCCUUCUUAUGCACCCUUCCAUCAUCAGCAAUCUUCCCAGCCCCAAAACAUUUGAAGAAGUUCAAUUUUUUAAUGGCAACAACUACCACAAGGGAAUUGAUUGGUAUAUGGACUUUUUCCCUACUCCAUCCAACAUUACAAGUGACUUUCUAUUUGAAAAGAGUGCUAAUUACUUCCAUUCAGAAGAAGCUCCCAAGAGAGCUGCAUCUCUGGUCCCCAAAGCCAAGAUCAUCACCAUUCUCAUCGACCCCUCAGACAGGGCAUACUCUUGGUACCAGCACCAACGAUCUCAUGAAGAUCCAGCUGCCCUGAGGUUUAAUUUCUAUGAAGUUAUUACCACUGGACACUGGGCCUCACCGGACCUGAAAGCUUUGCAAAGGAGAUGCCUCGUACCUGGAUGGUAUGCAGUCCACAUCAAAAGAUGGCUAACUUACUUUGCUACUUCUCAGUUGCUAAUUAUUGAUGGACAGCAGCUGAGAUCUGACCCAGCUACUGUGAUGGAUGAAGUCCAGAAGUUUCUGGGAGUUACACCUCAUUAUAAUUAUUCUGAAGCACUAACGUUUGAUCCCCAAAAGGGCUUUUGGUGUCAGCUCCUGGAAGGAGGAAAAACCAAAUGUCUUGGAAAGAGCAAAGGCCGAAAAUAUCCACCCAUGGAUCCAGAGGAAAUUCCAAGGAUUUUAGGAGCUUUGUGCCAGCAGAAGGGUCUAGAACUUUCCUCUCUAAUUACUACCGAGAUCAUAACGUGGAACUGUCCAAACUGCUACAUAGACUGGGGCAGCCUCUGCCAUCCUGGCUGA